CUUCUGCGUCUCAGUUGUACGUUGGCGCGGGAGAGAAAGUAUGGCGGGAGCGGCAGGUUGUUUUCUCCGCCUGCGGGUGUGUCGCGUUGAGGCCCGGGCUGAGGUACCGUUAAUCAAACUGUGGGGGAGUUUGGAGGACACAAAGGAGGAGCACAGGAGUCAGCAGUCGCCUCAAGCGGCGGUGUUUGGGGAGCAGAGUAGGCCUCAGGCGGCGGCUGCGGUGUUGUUGGGAGAGUUGUGCCUGGUGGAGGUGAGCGGAGAGUGGCAGCGCUGUAAAGUUUUAUUGAAGAGAGGAGCCGAGUGUGAGGUGCUCUUGCUGGAGGAGGGAACCAUCACCUCAGUGAGCCCCACCAGGCUGCGCAAGGCCCAGGCCUCUCUUUUCUUUCCGUUGCCCCCACACACGCUAGUGUGCGCGCUUAGCGGCCUGGUGCCCCCUAACGGCCAGCACUGGAACUACAGCACUCUCAACUACUUCUACUCCCUGCAAGAUAAGGUCAUCACAGGGCAGGUGCAGGAUCUGCUCCCACAAGGACUGGUGCUAUUAGAAGCGAGUGAGAUUGCCCAGCAGGCCCUGUUGUAUGGACUGGCCAAAACAGUUCCAGUGUUACCUUCCCAUCCCUUUCUUGGCUGUAACAGCGUAACCCGCCACACCCCAAUACCAGCUAUGAACGGUGUCGGGCGGGGAGGUCCCUGGCAAGCAGAAAGCAUGGACUACUGCUACCCGCGCCUUGAAAGCGGCGUGACGGAACAGGUGUUAGUCACCCACGUGUCUAAGCCGCACAGCAUCUUCUGCCAGCUCCUUAGCGUGGCGCAGGAGUUCCACAGCCUCUCGGAGGCCAUGCAGCAUUUUUACACCGUGGAAACUGGCCCAGCUUUUCGGAACCCUUUGAAGCUAGGACAGCCAUGUGCGUCCCGUGGAGCUGACGGACGCUGGUACCGCUCGCUGCUGCAGGAGGCUUUCCAAGAGCGCCAGCUGGCCACGGUCAUCCAUGUAGACUGGGGGCGCGAAGAGCUUGUUCCGCUGACUUGCCUGCGUCCGCUGCCGGCGGAGUUCCUUCGGUUGCCUGUGAUCACAUUUCGUUGUGCAUUGUAUGGGAUUUCAGACGGAGGAAAGGACUGGGAGCUGUCUGUGAUCGCUGAGCUGCGCUCUUUGCUACAGGGGAAGCAGGUGAGCGCUACAAUUCAGUUCUUCAACUCAUACAAACACUUGUAUGUGGUCACCCUGUUGGCUGCAGAUGGGUGUAACCUUAACUACUUCUUUGGCAUGCAAGUUCAAAAUCGGAGCCCCAAGUCUGAUACCUGCGUCAUUCCCAGCGUUGCUCAGGCAUCUCUUUGUCCUGAGAAAGAUGGAGAGAAAAUAGGUACCCCAAAGUUACCCGCAGAAAACUUUUAUGUCCCUGAAUUUUCCACCGUAGAGCUCAAGACUGGCACUUUUUAUGACGCUAUGGUGCAGUAUAUUUUUGACCCUUCCAAUUUUUAUGUUCAAACCGAAGAGGACUCCAAGAAACACCAGGAGAUGGUGGAUUUCAUUAACAAUAUGUAUACAAAGGCCUCCAGGUUAGAGGGCAUUAUAACCAAGCCUAAGCCUGGUCAAAUCUGCUGUGCCAAAUUCAAAGACGGUAUCUACUAUCGGGCUGAAGUCAUUGCCUGUGAGAAUAAGCAAGUCAAAGUUUACUUUUUGGACCACGGAAACGUUGAGUUGAUUGACUGGUAUAGCAUAAAAGAAUUGCCGGAUGAAUUCAAAGAACUGUCGGCAUUGGCCAACAGGUGCUGCCUGGUUGACAUCUACCCCUUGGGAGAGAGUUGGAGCCCAGAAGCGAUCUGUGCUUUUAAAGUAGCAGUUGUUCAUAGGAAGCUCGUACUAUAUGUAAUGUCCAAAGAUCUUGAUAAGUAUGCGGUAGAAGUCCUUGAUCAAUCCAGAGCCAAAGAGAAAAAUGUAGGGAAAGCAUUGUCAUUGGCUGGGCAUGCAAAAUACGAAGAGCUUGAAACCUUUACCACUGUGCAGAUUGGGGAAAGUGGAGGUAGAAAGACUACCCCAAGCCAGCCUGUAUCUAUUUCGGGUUUAUCUGAGACAGAAAAGAAAGAAGCUACUGUAGGCGUGUCGGAUGAUGAACGCCUACAGUAUUCACCCUAUGAAGACCAGCUGUUUGAACCUGGUGCGACUAUUAAAGUGAUCGUCUCCCAUAUAGAAAAUCCUGGGUUGUUUUGGUGUCAAAAUGCAGCACAGGCCUCUGCUCUAAAUAAUUUGAUGGACUCCAUACAGAUGUAUUGUAUCCUUGCAAACACAGCUCCUGAACCUAAUGCCAAUGCUUGCUUUGCUAAAAGCCCAACAAAUGGAACAUGGUACAGAGGCUUCAUUUCAGAGAUCCCAGUGAGUGAAACCAAAUCCAACAGUGUACAAGUGUUGUAUGUAGACUACGGGAUGACAGAGAUGGUUCCUGCUGUAAAUCUCCGUGCAAUGGAAAGCGGCUUUUUUAAUGUAAAAACUCACGCUUUCAAGUGCAGUCUAUACAACAUAAUUGCCCCGUUGGGCAAUAAUCCUUUUUGUUGGGACAAUAAAGCCACAAAUGCUUUUUGCGAUUUUGCCGUAAAAGCGGCCAAAGGGCGGGAAUUUCACUGCAUGUUUUUUGCCACAGCUUUUGUAGAUAACGAACUGAUUAAUAUAGUGGAUCUGUACACCCCGUUUGAAAACAUUUGCGCUAACUUGGCAAAGAGAGGAUUUGCAACGUACAUUUUUCAUAAGACCCUCGCGCCAUCUGUGCACCUUCAGUCGUUUUACUAUUCACUGCAUGACAUUAAAACGGGAAGUGAGGAAGAGGUUUCCAUCACACACGUCAAUCCUUCUUUGGAGUUUUACUGCCAACUUUUAAAGAAUACAGGCACUCUUGCAAGGAUUGCAGAAGCUAUUACAAAAUCUUGCAAGAAAACACAGCGUCUGAAGCUGCCUAGCGCUGUACCACUGUGUCUUGCAAAAUUCACUGACCAACAGUGGUAUCGUGCCUUUAUCUGUUCAGAGACCGAUGGGGCAGAGGUGUUUUUUGUGGAUUACGGAAACACUGAAAAAGUUGCAGCUGAUGAUCUUCAACCCAUUGUGCAAAGCGAGCAUGAUCUGUUGCUUUUACCAAUGCAGGCAAUUAAAUGUUCCUUGUCUGAUAUCCCAUUGAUUCUUCCAGAAGAAGUUAUGACUUGGUUUGAAGGCAUCGUUUGGAACAGAGCUUUGAGGGCACUAGUUGUUGCCAAGGAAGCUGAUGGAAAGUUAUUAGUGGAACUCUAUGAUGGUAAUGAACAAAUCAAUGCAACUCUCAAAAGCAAAUUGGGAUUAAAUGUUCCUAAAAACGCACUAGCAUGCAAGCCAGCUUUUUGCCCCAGCAGUCAACCAUCCCCAAAAUUCACCCAACAGGAAGCAAAAACUGUAAACGGAGAGAGAAAAACUUGUGAAUCAAUCCAAGGGCAGAUUUCACACACUCGGGGGUCUAAUGUUGCCAGAACAGACAGUAGUACUGCACUGCCACAACGAGACCGAUCCUCACCAGGGGCUCAAAUGCCUUUUGAACAGCAGGCAGAUAGACCUGCACUGCCACAACGAGACCGAUCCUCACCAGGGACUCAAAUGCCUUUUGAACAGCAGACCGAUAGACCUGCACUGCCACAACGAGACCGAUCCUCACCAGGGACUCAAAUGCCUUUUGAACAGCAGACCGAUAGACCUGCACUGCCACGACGAGACCGUUCCUCACCAGGGACUCAAAUGCCUUUUGAACAGCAGGCAGAUAGACCUGCACUGCCACAACGAGACCGAUCCUCACCAGGGACUCAAAUGCCUUUUGAACAGCAGACCGAUAGACCUGCACUGCCACAACGAGACCGAUCCUCACCAGGGACUCAAAUGCCUUUUGAACAGCAGACCGAUAGACCUGCACUGCCACGACGAGACCGUUCCUCACCAGGGACUCAAAUGCCUUUUGAACAGCAGGCAGAUAGACCUGCACUGCCAAAACGAGACCGAUCCUCACCAGGGACUCAAAUGCCUUUUGAACAGCAGGCAGAUAGACCUGCACUGCCACAACGAGACCGAUCCUCACCAGGGACUCAAAUGCCCUUUGAACAGCAUGCAGAUAGAGAUUACAAUGCAAACAAUCGGGAGCCCAGUUCACAAAAAAGAGACACCCUGCCUUUCCAGAGCAAUGUGAAAAGGGCAUUGUACCAAGACAAUCAGGACUGUAGUGUGAGAAGGAAAGAGGUGACUAAAUUUCAGAGCACACAAAGAAACUCAUACUAUGAGCAGCCGUCAAGUCAGAACUCAAAGCCAAAUUUUGGUAAAGAGUUGCAUCUAAAACCAAACCCAUUUGCAAAGCCUUGUGGCAGCACACCAAAGCACCCUCUAACAAAGAUAAGUGAAAUAUCUACCAGAAGUAUCUCCCCAGGCGAAAAACUGUGCGUUUAUGCUUCUCAUGCAAAAAACAUGUUUGACUUCUAUGUACAGACUGCAGAGACUGGCUUACUGGACCAGAUUUCAGAUUUUUUAAACCGUGACAAGAGUACUUUUGAGGAGGUGUCUGAAAAGGAUGUCAACAUUGGAGAUGUAGUUUGUGCGUUGUUUGAUGGAGAUAAACUGUACUACAGAGGAGUUGUGGAACAGAAAAGUGCUGUAGGUUUAAAUGUGCUGUAUAUAGACUAUGGUAACACAUCUGUGAUUUCCAAUUGCAAAAUCUACAAACUUCCCCAGAAGCUGUGCUCCAUUCCUGCUCAGAGUAUUCACUGUUCUUUAAAUUCUACUAAAGGGGCUUCUUCUGUCUCCAACAGUCAUAACAUAGUGGAAAUGUUUUAUGAACGCGUGUUUGACCAGCAAUUACAGUGUGAAUUCAUCAAAUUGAAAGAUGAUAAAUGGGAUGUAGAUCUUUAUGAUAAGAGAGGCAGUGUCAAUGAUUUACUAAAACCCUUAGUAGAGAAGGGCAAAGUAACAACUGAAUUUAAAGCAAGACAGGAAGAUGUGCCAGUCAAUAAAUCAUUCACCUGGAACGUGCCAAAAACUGGAAAAACUGUAAAAGUCUUUACAAGUUCUGUAGACAGCCCUGGCCUCUUCUGGUGCCAGUUAAGCACAACAGAUUUUGAUGUCCUAGCAAAACAAGUUCAAGAAGCUGGAGAAAAGUCUGUCAGAGAUGACCAUUUUAUUGCUACCAUUGAGGUUGGCAGCCUCUGCAAUGUUAUGUACAGCGAAGACCAAAACUGGUACCGGGCUCUCGUUUCCAAAAUGGAGGCAGAUGUUGCUACUGUAAGGUUUGUUGACUAUGGAAACGUAGAAAAUGUUGUUAAAGAGGAAAUUCGACAGCUUCCUACCAUUCUUGCCAGGCUUCCGACCCAAGCUUUCCCAUGCUGCCUUGCUAAAUUUAAUGUUGCUGCCGGUACAUGGACUUCAGAGGGGUGUGAUUAUUUCUUCCAACGUGCUACAGAAGACGUACUGGAGUUGACUGUUGAAGAUAUACAACAUGAUGAAAUGUGUAAAAUUCCUCUGGCACUUGUAAGACUGAAAUAUAAUGAAAUGGACAUUAAUGAAGAAAUGAAACGUUUCUGGCAAGUGGGCAAAAAAGAAUCCUCAAACCUUGCAGAGUCAGCAUCUAGCAAACCAGACAUGACUGAAGAAAGACAGACGGUGGAGGAAAAGCAGCUUGGCGCUGAAGAGUUGGACUGGCCUAUUCCCAGUAUGGAAGAUGAAGCUGAUCAUAAUAAAGCACUGGAUACAUGUCAUGUAGAACCAACUGUUGAAUGGCAGACUAGACCAGAAAAUAUUGCUGCCAUUAAAUCAUUCACCUGGAACGUGCCAAAAACUGGAAAAACUGUAAAAGUCUUUACAAGUUCUGUAGACAGCCCUGGCCUCUUCUGGUGCCAGUUAAGCACAACAGAUUUUGAUGUCCUAGCAAAACAAGUUCAGGAAGCUGGAGAAAAGUCUGUCAGAGAUGACCAUUUUAUUGCUACCAUUGAGGUUGGCAGCCUCUGCAAUGUCAUGUACAGCGAAGACCAAAACUGGUACCGGGCUCUCGUUUCCAAAAUGGAGGCCGAUGUUGCUACUGUAAGGUUUGUUGACUAUGGAAACGUAGAGAAUGUUGUUAAAGAGGAAAUUCGACAGCUUCCUACCAUUCUUGCCAGGCUUCCGACCCAAGCUUUCCCAUGCUGUCUUGCUGAAUUUAAUGUUGCUGCCGGUACAUGGACUUCAGAGGGGUGUGAUUAUUUCUUCCAACGUGCUACAGAAGACGUACUGGAGUUGACUGUUGAAGAUAUACAACAUGAUGAAAUGUGUAAAAUUCCUCUGGCACUUGUAAGACUGAAAUAUAAUGAAAUGGACAUUAAUGAAGAAAUGAAACGUUUCUGGCAAGUGGGCAAAAAAGAAUACUCAAACCUUGCAGAGUCAGCAUCUAGCAAACCAGACAUGACUGAAGAAAGACAGACGGUGGAGGAAAAGCAGCUUGGCGCUGAAGAGUUGGACUGGCCUAUUCCCAGUAUGGAAGAUGAAGCUGACCGUAAUAUGGGUUUCGAUCCAUUGAAUACAGAGGAGACUGAAGAUGACACAGGGGAUUCAUCACCAAGGGAUCUUCGACAAAUGGAAAAUGAAGAAGGAAUAAGUGAGGAAGAGGGUGAUCAGGGUAUUGAGCAUCUUGUGGAAAGCAAAGACGACCAAGCUUACGAAAGACUUGUGGAAACCAUUACUCACAAAGAUACCCUAGCUGGAGAUGUUUUUGAAACUGGCUAUGAAUGUCAUGGUGGACUACUUGUAUCAUAUAGCAGCAGCCUGGAAUAUGACGAUGACUAUACUAAACAUGAAUGUCUAGCUAAAGAGGAAUUUGAAACGGAAGAGUCUGCAACUUACAAAGCUGUCAUAGAAAGUAAAGAGCCAAUAGAUGAUACCUUACAAGAUCCAACACCUGAACAUGUCCACAAAAGUGAAGACACUGAAAAAAGCAAAGUUUUUGUCUUGCCAAAUGAAAAGGACACCUUGGAACGUGAAAAACAUUCAGCUUGCGCAUGUGUUGAAAACCAAGUGCUUGAAAUUAAUGAGGAUGCAACUAUGCAAAUUCUAGCUACUGGAGUCCUUGCUGAAAGUGAGAAUGAAGAUGCAACCAAUGUGGACACUGUGGAGGCUGUAGUGGGUGAAGUUGAGAAAAGUGAAGAGGCUUCUGUGGACAGUGUGGAUGCUUUAGAGUUCAGUGACACUGGUGUAUGUGAGGCGGUUGAGGCCAUUACUUACAUGAACGAAGAAGACUUUUUAGCUGUUGGUGAACAUCAAGAGUUUGAAGCUAUCACAUUUGUGGACCAUGUAGAGCCCAUAGCUAUUAGUGAACAUGUUGAGGAAUUCACUUAUGUUGACAGUACAGAUGCUUUAGCAAUUGGUGAACGUGAAGUUAUCACUUUUAUGGACAGUGUGGAGUCUAUAACUGUUGGUGACAUUGGUGAAUGUCAGGAGGUUGAGGCUAUGACUCACGUGGACAGUGUAGAGGCAAUGUUUGUUGGCAUUGAUAUGAAUUACGACUUUGACGCUAUCACUUAUGUGGAUAUGAUGGAGGCUGUAGCUGUAAGUGAGGACAUAGUAGAGCCUGUAGUUCUUCAAUAUGAAGAGGUUGAGGACAUAGUAGAGCCUGUAGAAAUUGGUGACUAUGCUGAGGUUAAGGACAUGGUAGAACCUUUAGUUAUUGGUGACGAUGCUGAGGUUAAGGACAUAGUAGAACCUUUAGUUAUUGGUGACGAUGCUGAGGUUAAGGACAUGGUAGAACCUUUAGUUAUUGGUGACGAUGCUGAGGUUAAGGACAUGGUAGAACCUUUAGUUAUUGGUGACGAUGCUGAGGUUAAGGACAUAGUAGAACCUUUAGUUAUUGGUGACGAUGCUGAGAUUAAGGACAUAGUAGAACCUUUAGUUAUUGGUGACUACGAAGAGGUUGAGAACAGAGUAGAGCCUAUAGUUAUUGGGGAAUAUGAAGAGGUUGAUGACAUAGUAGAGCCUGUAGUUAUUGUUGACUAUGAGGAGCUUGAGGACAGAGUAGAGCCUGUAAUUACUGGUGAAUGUGAAGAGGUUGAGGUUGCCACUUUUGUGGACAGUGUAGAGGCUGUAACUACUGGUGACAUUACGGAAUGUGAGAAGGUUGAAGCUGUCGCUUAUGAUGGCAGUGUAAAGGCUGUUGGUGACAUUUGUGAACAUGUAGGAGUUAAAGAUAUCAUUUAUGUGGACAUGGUUGAGGCUGUAGCUGUAAGAAGCACUAAUGAAAGUGAAGAGGUGGAGGCUGUGUCUCACAUGAACUGUGUAGAGCAUGCAGCUGUUGGUGACAUUGAAUGUAUAGAGGUAGAGGCUGAUCAUUUUUCAGACAUUGAUGAAAUUAAAGAAAAUGAGACUAUCAAUUACAUGGACAGUGCAGAGCCUGAAGCUGGUAACACUGAUGACAAUGAAGAGGUUAAGAAUUUUACUUAUGUGACCAGUGAAGUAGCAGUGGUUGUUCCUGACACUGGUGAACCUCAAUCGUCUAAAGCUUUCACUUCUGUGGACAAUGCUGUAGCAGUUCCUGACAUUGGUGAAAGUAAAAACUCUGGGGGUGAUAUUAUCAAUACAGCUGUGGAAUCUCUGGUUGUAUCUAGCCAAGUUACUGUAGAAUCUGAAAGAGCUCUAGUGGGAGAUGACCAGUUACAAAGAGAUGAUGAUGCUACUGGGGAAAGUAUUGUAAAAAGUGAAGAAACUGUUGAGGAUGAAGAGACUGUAGUGAGCUCAGGCAUAGUAGAGGAGGUUUUCAAAACGGAAGACUUCAUAGGAAUUACAAAGCUUGUGAGAAGUGAAGACUGUAGGCCUAGUGAGGACACAAUGGAAUGUGAAGACACUUUGGGUUCUCGAGAUGUCACAGAGACUUUGGAAGCCAAACAAUUUGGGAACCAAGUUUGGGAACGUGUAAUUGAUGUAUCGAAUGAAGACCUGAGAGAGAGUACUAUUCCUGAGAUUACCAGAGGUGUGUCAUUACAGCACAGGGGUCGGCAGUUUCAAGAACAAGACUGUCCUGGAGAAGUGGAAGGAUGCUGUGUUGGCGAGGAUUCAGAAUAUGCUUCUUCACACACUUUAGAACAUCAAGAUAAACAGACAGAACUAUUUACAAUGUACAGAGACCAGCCAGUGGCUAAAACAAGCUCUGAGGUCAUGCAUGGGAGUGAUGGUAGUGAUUCUUCAACUGGUCGAGAGACUUUAGAUGAGAAAGAUAAACAGCCAGACAUAUUUACAGUGUGCAGAGACCAGCCGGGGGUUAAAACAAGCCCUGAUGUCAUUUAUGGGAGCGAUUAUUCAACUGAUCAAGAGACUUUAGCUAUGGAAGAUAAACAAGCAGACCUAUUUACAGUGUACAGAGACCAGCCAGCGGUUAAAACAAGCCCUGAGGUCAUGUAUGAAAGUCAUAGUGGUGAUUCCUCAACUGAUCAAGAGACUUUAGAUAAGGAAGAUAAACAGCCAGACCUAUUUACAGUGUACAUGGACCAGCCAUUGGUUAAAACAAGCUCUGAGGUCAUGCAUGGGAGUGAUGGUGGUGAUUCUUCAACUGAUCGAGAGACUUUAGAUAAGGAAGAUGAACGGCCAGACAUAUUUACCGUGUGCAGAGACCAGCCGGGGGUUAAAACAAGCCCUGAUGUAAUAUAUGGAAGUGAUGAUAGUGAUUCUUCAACUGAUCAAGAGACUUUAGAUAAGGAAGAUAAACAGCCAGACCUAUUUACAGUGUACAGAGACCAGUUGGGGGUUAAAACAGACUCUGAGGUCAUGUAUGAAAGUGAUGGUGAUUCUUUGGCUGAUCAAGAUACUUUAAAUAAGGAAGAUAAAAAAUCAGCAGAGCCGUGCCGUAUACACACAGAUCAUCAACCAUUGGCGAUAACCAGCACUGAAAACAAGAAUGAAAGUGAUCUCUGUGACACCUCAAGGGACAUGGAUGACAGAGGCAAGAGAAGAUCAGAUUUAUUUACCGUGUACAGAGACAGUCCAGCAGUCAUAUCAAGCACUGAGAGCAUAAGUGGCAGCGAUGUUAGUGACCCAUCAGUCGAAGAUGUUGCGAUCAUCUCUCGCGAGGCAGUAGGAUACGCUCUGCCUGUGUGCUGUGCAGCGAAAGUACUUCCUGAAGAUGAGUAGGAUCACCGAGGAUCAUGAUCCAUCAGAUGGAGACAAGUUAGACUUUAACAAUUGUAUUCUAUUACAUUUUUGGUUUGGAGUUUAAUACCACUUUAGGUUCAGCUGACUUGUUUUGUAUGUUGCCUAAGUGUGAGAAAAUUUUAGGCAUUUUUGGUUUAAACUAUGCAGAUAUUGUUUUUUUUUUUCCAGUAAAGUUGUACUGAAUUUUCUUUGUAUGCCUGUUUUUCUUAUUCUCAUCACACACACUGGCUUUGAGUGCUAGGAGAUGUGUAAAUGGGUUGUACAGUCAUAAACUUGCUUUUGGUAACUAAA